CUGUGGGUUACAGAUGGAAUUUGGAAGACUGUUUUCCCACACUGCAUGUUCAAAGUUGAGCAAAUCAGUGAUGGAAUUCCAGCUCUCAAUUUACCUGAUGUGUGUACAAACUCCCCAAUUCGCAAUAAGGCGUUUUGCGAGGAACACUGUCUUUUGCUACAGAAUGAAGCUCCUGAUGUGCCUAUUGAUCUGAGACAGUUUCUCAAAUAUUGUGGUGCUCAAGCAGUUGAAAAUGAAGAGGAGUGUGAGGGUGACACUGAUACUGUUGAUGCAGUUGUGAACUCUAUUAAAGUCAAUACAAACCAAUUUGGAACAUCUGCUACCACCUCACAAGGUACUGCAGCUUUAAUUGAGAAGCAUCCUGAACUAGUACAAAGUACUGUGUAUGAUGACCCUAAUGAACGAGUUUGCAGGAAAGAUACGGGUAAAUCCAAACGGUUGAGGAAGUGGUCUAGAGGGCACCAAUUUGUCAUCAGAGGGGGUGGUCAUAUUGACACUUGGCAACCAUUGUACAGGUCUGAAUCGCCAUCACAAGUGUUCUUAAUUUUGAUUCAAUGGCUGCUGUCUCUAGCUAAGUCUCGUGGUGGUAUUGGGAAGCCUAUCUCAUUGGCCUAUGACAACAUAUGCAAUUUAGCAAAGCUGAAGGCUGCUCGUGCUCCUCUAUAUAUAUAUAUAUAG